AACCGGUGUUCUUGCUCUUAUCUCUCUAUUUUCUCCUCUUACAUCUCCACUAGAAAUAUCAAAAGCAAGAAGAAGAGCGAUCAUCCACUAUGGCUGUGAUCUCGGCCCACUCCCUACACUCCCCUUUCUCAACUUCCCCACUUCUUCUUCGCUCUCCUUUCCCUUCUUCCCCUCCUCGUUCGAAACUGGCUCCAAUUUCCUGCUCUCCGUCAUCAUCAUCUCCGUCGCCUCUUAUGGCCCCACAAUCCGAAGACGGACGCAAGAGAUUCAUGGAAUUCCCUUACGUAUCGGCCCCGCACAGGGAUCUGAUGGUGGAUCUUUUUUCCGCGAUGGAGUCUCGCCUUGGCUCCUACCUCCUCCCCUGUACCCUCCCACCGGACGUCCAGUACUACCACAACCAGGGUAGCACUGCCCUUGCCUCUCUCCACAUCAGAUCCGGCCUUAAACCAUCCCCUAUUGAUUUCAUAUUGGGAAGUUGGCUGCAUUGCAAGCUACCAUCUGGAGCACUGAACAUAACAAGCCUCUCAGCUUAUCUGUCCCCUUCAACGGACGCACCAAACUUCUUAAUGGAACUUAUUCAGAGCAGCCCAACAUCUUUAGUCUUAAUACUCGACUUGCCACCACGAAAGGAUCUCGUCCUCCAUCCAGAGUAUCUUCAGACCUUUUAUGAAGACACCCAGAUAGACGAAUACCGAAAAAUACUGGAGAAAAUCCCUGAAGUACGUCCUUACUCCUCAUCGUCGCUGUACAUACGCUGUGCUGUGUCUCCUACUGCGAUUUUGGUAUGUAUAGAAACAGAACCUGGAAGAACGGAACGGAUGGAAGAGAUAGUCAGAGAUCAUGUGAGUGCGAUUGCUAAGGAAGUGUUGGGCAUAUGGUUGGAUCGGUGUGCUUGCGGAGGGAGAGAGAUGGGAGAGACUGACCGUGCUCAUUUGGCAAAGAGGGAUCGGGUGUUCAAAAGCAAGACUAUUGAGAUUGAUUUGGGCUCAAGCUUGCCGAGGUUGUUUGGGCAAGAAGUUGCAACCCGUGUUCUUGGAGCCAUGCGAGAGGUAUUUAGCAUUUGAACACCUCUUGUGAAAAUAGGACUUAGUAGUAUUUAGUAGGUUCAAAUGGUAUUGAUAAAAAAAGAAAAAAAAGAAGGGUAUUUGAUAAAUGUAAAUACCUGAAUUUAGCAAGAUAAUAGAUCAGCUCAGUCAAAUUCUUUUGCAAUGUUUAUGCCUCUCAAUGUACGGUUAACUUUAAAUGUGAUAAUUUUAUAAAAAGAGAAUGCUUGGGCGUGAA